AUGCAAUACAGAGAAAAUGAAACGCAUCGCACGAUUUCUACCAGCUCGUGCCAUACGGUGCCGUCACAGAGCACCCAAGUUUGUCUGUGGGUGCCAGACUCGCUCAGUGCUCUGCGGUGCUCUGGCUCCUGCUACGGAUGGUAUCCCCUCUGUGGAUGGUAUACUCUCUGUGGUAUCCGUACAUCAUGCUUCUGCCCUACUCACCUCUGCAAAAGUGGGUCAGGCUGUGUACUGUUUAUUUACUUCGCCAAUAGAUGGCAGAAGUUAUCUCAUGAGCAACCAGCUGGAGUUGUAGAUGCUCAUUUUUUUAUAGAACCAAUUGGAAGGUUGGACGGAGUGCCGACGAGCGACAAGACAGCUGCAAGAAAGGGAGCCGACGCUUUUGGAUGUUGGUGUGCUAAUGUGGAGAUCAAAGAUAUUUUGUUUGGUUGGAUUCAUACAGAAGCUGUUAAAAUGUAA